UGAGCUGGUUCCGAGCAGAAACACGCCACAGCGCUCAUCACUGUAGGCGCAGCAGUGAGAGCUCCAACACAAACCUUCCAGGGAGGUGGGGACAAAAAAAAAAGAAAAAGAAAACAGAGAACUCCAGCUUUCAUGUUCACCUGGAAGCCGCUCCGGUGGGACCCGUGGGUGGUCCUCGGACCCCACUUUGGAAACCCUCCUGCCACAGCCUCCAGCUCACAGCGCUUAAAGUCGAGGGAAAGAGGAUCUCUCGGUGUGUCGGUGCCUCAGACGCAGGGUCGACUUUGAAGCUCGCUGCGUAGGUGGAGCGUCGACUGGAGCGGCGCGUGAAGGUAGCAGAAAGAAACUCACCCCACAGGUGUGUCGGAUGAAAGCGCAGGAACCGAUUUGGCCCCGCCGGUGCAGCUCGGGAUAAUAAGUUCGUGUGAUGGAGUGGCGUGAGCAGUCCGCUGUCAGCUGUGACGAAGCCUUCUCCGAGGCGCAGAGGUGGAUAGAGGCAGUAACUAAGAAAAAAUUUGGGAGCAACGACUUCCGAUCGGCGUUGGAGAAUGGCGUUCUGCUGUGUGAUCUGAUCAACAAGAUCAAGCCUGGAACCAUCAGGAGGGUUAACAGGCUGCCCACACCUAUUGCUGGACUGGACAACCUUAACGUCUUCCUCAAGGCCUGCGGGAAGCUUGGACUAAAGGAAGCACAGCUCUUUCACCCCGGAGAUCUGCAGGACUUAUCUACAAGAGUUACAGUCAAGCAUCAAGAGACCGACAGGAGGCUGAAAAAUGUGUUGAUCACAGUCUACUGGCUGGGUAGAAGAGCUCAGUGUGACCGUUACUAUGACGGACCUUACCUGAAUUUUAAGGCAUUCGAGGGAUUAUUGGGCACAGCGCUAUACAAGGCUCUGCAGGAAACGUCCAGCCAGAAAGGCAGCAACGUCAGGGACAGCGGUUUUGGCGAUAGCUGGUACUCAGAGCGAGAGGAGCUACACCAGCUGAGAGGAGGAGGAGGAGGAGGAGGAGUAGGAGGCGGACAUAAGAGAGACGACUCCCUGGACAGUUUGGACUCUUUGGGCUCUCGACCCCACAGCAUCUCAUCUGACACCACUCUUAAAGGCAGCAGCGAGGGUUGUUGCAGCGACACCGAGGCAGACUCUGGCUUCAGGAUGGCCAACACCAAGGACAAUGUCAGUUACCGCCGGUCGGUAUCCAUCACACCCAAGGCCAGUGUCCAGUUUAACCAGUUCCUGCCCUCUAAAGACAAACCAUCAGGCUAUGUACCCGCUCCACUGAGGAAGAAGCGGGCCGAGCGCAAUGACGACAGCCGGCGGAGCUGGGCCAACCCCUCAAACUCGGAGGAUGAAGGCACGCUCACAAGACAGCACCAAACGCAAGAGAGUACGGACGGGAGUAAAUCAACAAGCGACAUCCAGGUCGACCCCAGCGUCCUCCGGCAGGUUCGCUUCGAAGAGCUGCAGAAGUAUCGUGAGCAGAUAAAGGAGACCGAGGAUAAGUGGCAGGAUGACCUGAGCAAAUGGAAGAACCGGCGCAGGAGCGUCAACUCUGAGAUAGUGAAGAAGAAAGAGGAGAGGGAAAAGAUAGAGCAGAUCACGUACAGCGGCAGCAGAAGGUCCAAGACCUUCAAGGAGAUGCAAGAGGAGAGAGAAAAUAAAGGAAGCAACAGCAUUGGCAGUCGCCUCAAAUCUCUCUCUUACCUGGACGACGACGAGGACGUGUUUGAGAAGGCUGACAUUUCCCCACGUACCCGAACCCUUCCUGCCAGGAGCUACACUAUUGACACUCCUUACACUUCCUCUGAAUCCCCUGAGCCUUUUCAUAAAGAAGACCAACCCCCUGCUGCUUCACCAGCUACAGGCAGGGCCGCAUCCCCUCUCACAUCACGGGGAAGUAACAUUUUGGACAGUCCUGCAGGCAGCGACACCACGACCAUCAUCACUCCCACCAGCUACAGCUCUUUCCACAGGUCCCAAUCUCCAGAGGCUGCACCUUUACCGAGGAAGCCAGUCUCAGAAGACACUAACAAAGUCAAGACCACAACUGUUUUCCCCUCUUCUAGUUCUGUGCAAGAGGUACCCAAGCCGAGGCGCCCAUUGUUGGCCAAACAGGCUGAAGUGGAGUCUGAGGUGAAGGCCCCUUCCUCUGGUUCUCUGUACAAACAACAACCACAGCUCAGCUCAAUGGAACCCAAGCCUCCCGCGGUGUCUCGGGUUUCCGCCUCCCUCCCCAGGAGCUACCAGAGAUCGGAUAGCGCACGUCUAACCUCAGUUGUCACGCCGAGGCCCUUUGGGACCCAGCCGUCCCGCCUCAGCUCACUUCCCCGAGUUUUGCCAAUGGACGACUCUCACAAGCGUGUCAACGGUGACGUGGAUGUCCCUAAGAAGCCUUCCGUGCCGACCCGCUACCAACAGUUCAUGACCUCUGAGGACGAGGCUCAGUCCAGCUCGGCCCACAGCAGCGAAGACGAGGAAGAGGAUAAAGACGUGACCACAGCGAAGAGCAUCACCUCCACUCAGAGUGUCUCACCUGUCCCUCCUCAGGUCAAGAGUGAACCCCCAGUCAGUCCUGCUCCAGCCAAAGAAACCAGCCAGGAGAACUACUGUGAGAUGCGGAUCAGCCUGAACCAGAAGCCCAACAGCAGCAGAGACUUUGGCUUCCAGGCAAACUGGGACUCAACAGGAGCUCGCGUCACAUCCGUACAGCCAGGCAGCCAGGCCGAGAUGUGCCAGCUUCAGGCCGGAGACGAGGUGCUGACGGUGAACAGGCAGCAGGUGGCAGAAAUGAGCUACACAGACUGGAAGUCCUGCAUGGAGGAGGCUCUGCAGGAGGGCAGUCUGGUCAUGGAUAUACGCCGUCAUGGCAAGAACAACUGGGACAGAGAUCAACCUUCCCUGCCAUUUAAAAGCCAUAAGACCAUCAAUCUGACCAGUACGGAUCAUCCGGUGCUUCUAGGUUCCUCCGACACAAACAUUAUCAGCUCCAGCCUGGAUUUCACCUCACACCAUUCCAGGGAAACGCUGCCAUCCAAAGAGGCCUCCGCACACCCAGUUGUCGACGUGGCUUCAAACGGAGUUAAUGGAGGUUUCCCUGAGGAGCUGGUGACCAGGAGGAGCAAAGAGUCAGAACCCAUAUCUUUGAAAAACUUAAAACGGAGGUCAGAGUUUUUUGAAACAGGAGGAUCAGAGUCUGCAAUGCCAAAUAUACCUGUUCCUGCAAUCACUCCGUCAUCCAGCCGCUGGUCUUGGGAUCCAGAAGAGGAGCGCAGAAGACAAGAGAAAUGGCAGAAGGAACAGGAGCGCCUCCUACAGGAGAAAUAUAAGCGUGACCAGGAGAAACUGCAGGAGGAGUGGCUGAAGGCUCAGGAGGAGAUCACCACGAGCGACGACCAACAAGAGCCCGGGAUCCUGGAGGUGAACAGCCACAGCUUCAGCCCACACUCACCCCUCUCUCCAGUCAACCAGCCCACCUCUCCUCUGUGGGAAGAGGAAGAGAGAAAGAGGAAGGAGGAGCUGGAGCGCCAAAGGCAGGCGGAGGAGAGGAGGAAGAGAGAGGAGGAGGAGCGGGAGCUGCAGCGUCUCCGGGAAGCGAGGCAGAGGAGAGAGAGGCAGGAGGAGGAGGAGAGGAAGAGGAGGGAGGAGGAGGAGGAGGAGAGGAAGAGGAGGCUGGAGGAAGAGCUAAGACAGCAGAGGAGGAGAGAGGAGGAGAGGGAGGAAGAAAGGAGGCGGCAGGAAGCCUUCGAGCAGCAGUGCAGAGAGCGGGAGAGAACCUUCGAGCAGCAGUCGUGGACUGGUGGCUCCUAUGGCUUUGACAAUGUCCAGCCUCCCCUGUCCUAUGAAGAUCGGAUGAAAUCAAAAUCAUCUCCCCAGCUUGAUGAAGAGGAAAAGCCUCAGUGGAAAGGUGUGCAUGUGCAGCCGGGGGGCAUGGCUCACUGGCUGCUGGAAGAGCAGUUGAGGAGUGCACGUGACAGAGAGGCCCGGAGACAGAGGGCUGCAUCAGAGCUGGAGAUGGAGAGGAGAAACAUCCUCAAUGCCAUGAGAUACAGAGAGCCAGAGAGAGUGACGGGCAGUGGAGUGGCUGAGAGGAAGGGUCAGCCGCCCGCGACGCAGGCAGAGGCAGAGCGGCAGCAGAUCCUGAACGAGAUGAAGAAGAAGACUCCGCUGCUGACGGACAGCAGCUGGAUCCGCCAGCAUUCUGCCAGCACCGCCAAGGAGCCUGAGGUGCCUCCCAUGCGCAGAGGGGAGUCUCUUGACAACUUGGACGCCUACAACCCCUGGCGCUCAUCAUGGACACCCAGAAGUAACUCUAAUAUCCCAAACUACAACCGGCCUCACUCUGCCCUCUCCGGUAGCACUUACGGCGGCGGCGCAGGGACCCAGCGGCCCGCCUCCUCCACUCUGCCUACCUCUCAGUCCAUGGGCUCCCUCCGAGGCGGGGCAGGAACCCCCUCGUCCCCUUGGUCCCGGCAGUCCCCUUCCCCCUCGCCGUCUUCUCCAUCACCCACCUCCUCUCCAGAGCCCAGGCCUGAGGCGGGCCCCCCUCAGCAGCGCAGCAGGUCAGUGAGUGGCAAGAAAAUCUGUACGUUCUGUGACAGCCCGCUGGGAAAGGGAGCAGCCAUGAUCAUCGAGUCCCUCGGGCUCUGUUAUCAUUUGAGCUGUUUUAAGUGUAUCGACUGUCUGUCCGACCUCGGAGGAUCGGAAUCGGGGGCGGAAGUCAGAAUACGAAACAAACAGCUGUACUGUAACUCCUGCUACAUGCGAUUUAAAACCGGCCAGCCAACCACUAUGUGACGUGACCAUACUGCAGCAGAUUGACGAGGAAACUACUUGUGACAACAACCCAUGAACAUUGAAAGCGAACAGUGACGCCCACUGCAAAAAGUUGGAACGCCUGGUUUGGAAUUGAAGACGCUGAUGAGAAUUAUAUUUGUGUUUUUUUUUUCCAGUGUGUGAUUAAGAGGGCAAGCUUGCAAAGAAGUUAUCUCCUUUAAUGUGUUUAUAUCAUAUUAAGUAUUACAGCUGUACAAAGUGUAAGGGUUCUGCAUGCACCAGAGGUUUUAAAUCUUGUAGUCACGAUACUAGUCAAAUCGUUAAGUUGUCUAUAAGACCAUCAAGGCAGAUCUUUGUAAUGACCUUCAUUGAGAACGAUUUUUAGAGAGUUUUAGGGGAACCCUGCAGGAUCGUCUCCUCCUAUUCACGCUUCUUCUGCUUGUGGUAUUAACACGUUCCGUCGACAGAGCUGCUCUUAUUGUGUCUAUGUGCCUUUUUCGUUUGUAACAGGGAGAAAUAAUUCAGAAUAUUAGAUUUCUUUCAAAGUGUAUUUAAAACCGUCUGCUUGGAUAGCACUUGGAGUUUUCACUGAUGGAUGGAGGACCGCACACACUAGCAGCUUUCCCUGUGAAGAAUAUAUCAUAUCGAAUGGAACUGAGGCAAGCAGUAACAUUUGUAAAUAAAAUGUCCAAAUGCUCGUC